AUGGCAUCAUUCGGUGCCGCUUUGCGGUCAUUCUGGCAUACAAUGACCAGUAAUGACAGACACUCGACUUUUGACUCCCCAUACCGCACUGGUCGCCAUGUUCCUCUAGAGGGAAGGAAUGGCAUGCUGACCUCAGUGGCCACGGCCUCCGAAUCCCGCGCCGAUAUCAACGCACCCUAUCGCGACGAUGGCACGAGAAGCUCCGAUUUCAACGCCCCAAUCUCUCCCUACACGCCGACCAAUACCUCCUCUGGGCAUUAUUCACCUGGUCUACGAUCGUCUAGCGCCCAACGCCUCAGCCAAAGCAAUGAUGGCUUUGAAGUCCAGGGGCAGGCUGCCGGAGAUGUGCAGAUGCAGUCAUUCCAGGACGGACUCCCUCCUCCGCCGCCCGUAACUCAUACGUGGAGACGAAUCGACGCCUGGGCCGAAGACAACUAUCCCGAACUCUUCGAUCAGCUAGGAGAAGGUGCCACACAAAACGACCUCAACGAGCUCGAGCACAUACUGGACUGCUCACUUCCUCAAGAUGUCAGAGAGUCACUGAUGGUCCAUGAUGGACAGGAACGCUUGGGCAUGCCAACAGGUAUCAUAUUCAGCUCAAUGUUGCUAGACUGUGAAGAAAUUGUUCAGGAAUGGGAGAAUUGGCGAAAGGUCACGUCGGAAAUCCUGGACGAUGCCGCCGCCUUGAGAUCGCCCAUUCCCGCGAAGCCUACAGUCAACGGCGCGAGCAGCAGCAGCAACGAGGCCUCCUCUUCCCGCUCCCACAGCUCUCCCAGGAACUCGGGAUCAUGGCGGCAGGAUCUCAUGGCUAGGCAGUCUUCGAUUCCGCCCAAUGCCAUCCAGAAAACUUAUGCCCACCCUGCCUGGAUUCCCCUAGUUCGUGACUGGGGUGGCAACAAUAUCGCCGUGGACCUUGCUCCUGGCCCUGCCGGUAACUGGGGUCAAGUCAUCCUCUUCGGUCGCGAUUACGACACCAAGUACGUUGUGGCCCGCUCCUGGGCUGCUUUCCUCGCCGUCGUCGCAGACGAUAUGAGCAGUGGCAGGUGGUUCGUUGACGAGGACACCAACGAGUUGAAGCUGAAGGAGUUCAAGCAAGCCCGCGUAGAGCCAUCGUACUUCGAGAUUUUGCGGUGGAGGAUGGAUCAGAAACAUGGUCGCCGCGCGGCGGCCGUAGCGGCAAAGCGGAAAUCGAUGGCACCGGGUCGUGGUAGUCCGACAGCCCCCGGAUCGCCCACGAGCUCUCCCUACGCAAGCCCCACGGAUCCGAACGCUGCCCAGCGUGGCAGGUCGAUGCAGCGGCUCAGUAGCCACUCUCCCUUAACGAGCCCGAAGCCCGGCGCCUACGGGAAGUCUAGCCCCCUAGCGCGAGUCAACGAGGAGUCCCUAGCGCCCAUCGUAACAACAGAUCUAAAGCCGCCCAAGCUCGUUGAAGUCGACACACCCCGACCUAGUGAAGACGAUCCGUCGACGAAAGCGACCGACCCGAAGAAUGGUGAUAGCGCCCAAGGCAAGGGCAAGGAAAACGAGGCUCCUGGAGCCAAACUCAACGGAAAGCUACCUGAUGUCAACGACGGUGCGAUGAGGACGAUUGAGAUUUGA